AUGGACCCCCUCGUCGGCCCACAGCAGCACGUCGACGUGUUCGCCCUCUCGCCGAUGGCGGGGAACUGUGCCCUGCUUCGGGGCCUCUUGACCGUGGAGAGCAUGAUGCUGGCACGCCUGGUGUACGUGCCCAUCAACGCAGUGAUACCGCCGCCGCUCGACGUGCAGCCGAAUUUCACCGCGUAUUACCUGGACAGGAUAGAGCAAGGCAAGGCGAGAAGGAAGCUCAAGAAAGCAGGCGUGAGCGAACAGCUGCCGGGCGAUUCCAUAGAGCUGUCCUUCUUCUUUGCGCAGUGCUCGCUGGAGGCGACUGUCCAGAUCAUGGAGCCUUUGGGCUACAAGCUGCUGUACCUGGAGCACUUCUACGCCGUCUUCGCCUCCGCCUCGGAUUUCGUGGCCCUGAGCGAGGCGUCGAGGCCGACCGCGGCGCCGCGGGCGCCCGCGGACACCACGACCUUCGAGGCGUGGCGGGCCGGGUGGUACUGCUCGCCGGUGUCGCGCUACCUCGUGGACGCCGAGGCCCACGCGGGCUUCGACGCGGACUGGCUGGUCACGAGCAGCAGCGAGGACGCGAAGACGAUCGGCACUUCGUCAAACGCCGCAUGCGCCCCGACAGUCGCGGGCUUGGUUCUGCGCUCAAUAAUGGGCAAAUUCAGCCACCCUGACCCGUCCAAAUCUCAGGGGCCUUUCUUCGACGGGACCCAAGUGCCGCAUCUGACCGCGGCCGAGCGAACCCACAUUGGACACAUCGAGCAGGGCGGCUUGCAGCCGGCCGCGGCUGCGCGCGUCCUGGAGGCCAUGGAUCCCAACGUGCCAAUGCGGUCUCGCAUCGAGUUCUGCAGGCUGCUUGCCAGUUUCGUGGCAGUGUGUCCAGACCGCCUGGACACGAAGUAUGACAAGGUCACGUUCCGUGAGCAGUUGGUGGCGGCGAACGAGCAGGUGCACGCCGCCCUGAAUUCAGACUUCAGGCAGACUCUUCGCGUCAGCAAUCAGAUGCUUGCAGCCGAGCUUCGGACCUGGGGCGCCAUGGAGCUGGCGCUCGCGCACCGGGCCCUGGCGGGUCGCGCGACCGUCCGGGUGAAUCAUGCAAGCAUGCGGCCGUUUGUGGUCGCCUCGGCCCAGCUGUUCAAUCGGGCGAAUUGGACGGCGCACUUGAAUAGCGCGCAGGCGCAAUUCGAGAGUUUUGUUCCUGAGGAGAAGAGGGCCCCACUGCGCUCGCAGUAG